CAUAACUGUUUUGGGUUGGUUGAUGUUUUCUCCAUUACUAGGAAUGUAUUUUGUAAUAAGUUUUCUGUUUUAACGAAUGAACGCCUUUCUUUUCAAAAAAAAAAAAAAAGUGGUCAGCCCACCGGAAUUGAAGCAGACGGCGCCGUAGGAUAAGUGAACACUCUGGGGAGUUUUUGCUACUUCGCAAAAAUGGCGGUCUGUAAUCUCGGGUGUCCAUUCCUGUCGUCCUUCGCCCGAAAAUCCACACCGUUCAGUAGGAAGCGGAGCAGUUGUAGAAGUACCAUUUUAUGUCUCGGUCUCAAUCACUCGGCCAAGUUUAGGAGGGAUUACACGAGCGUAAUGAUAGUCCCGACGGGAGUCGGAGCAUCCAUUGGUGGAUACGCCGGCGAUGCUAUACCCGUAGCUCGCACUCUCUCAUCGGUUGUGGAUUGCCUAAUUUCUCAUCCAAACGUUCUAAACGCAGCAAUGCUCUACUGGCCUAUGCCUAACACAUUGUAUGUUGAAGGUUACGCUCUUGAUCGCUUUGCAGAAGGCUUAUGGGCACUUCAGCCUGUUCACCAGAAUAGGGUGGGGCUGGUUCUUGAUGCUGGAAUAGAGGAAGAUCUUAGGCUUCGCCAUUUACAAGUGGCUGAUGCUGCAAGGGCUUCUCUUGGCUUGAAUGUUGUGGAAUAUGUUGUGACUGAUACACCUUUAGAGGUAGAAAUGUGGGUUGAUCCAAAGGGUGGGCAAUCUACGGGGAGGAUUAGGCACCCUGAUUCACUAUUGAGAGCUGUCCAAAAUCUAGUUAAUCGAUCAAGAGUGAAUGCCAUAGCAGUUGUUGGACGCUUCCCGGAUGAAGAUAUUGAAGAAACAGAUGACUAUCGACAAGGAUUGGGAGUUGAUAUUUUAGCAGGAGUCGAGGCAGUUAUUAGUCAUUUAGUGGUGAGGGAAUUCUGUAUCCCUUGCGCGCAUGCUCCUGCUUUAUCACCUCCUUCCCUUUGUCCAUCUCUUUGCCCAAAAUCAGCUGCUGAGGAGUUGGGAUACACAUUCUUACCAUGUGUACUUGCUGGGCUUAUUAAUGCACCACAAUACUUAGAAAUGAACUCUGCGUCAUUAGAGAAGGGCUGUAUUUUGGCAAGUGAUGUUGAUAGUGUCAUCCUUCCAAUAGAUGCUUGUGGAGGAGAUGGUGCUCUAGCUUUUGCUAGAAACAAAAGAACAAAGCCACUUAUAAUUGCUGUGGAGGAGAAUGUAACAGUUCUUGAUGAUACACCGGAUAAUCUUGGGAUUGAAGCGCCGAAGCAAUGGGCUGCUUGGAUUCCUGGGCAGAAUAUUGGUAUAACACUACUUUUCAUUCUUCCCUUCAGACCACUCCAUUCAACGCUGUGUAACAUCAAGAUCCCCCACCCUUGCUGUGUUUUGAGGUUAGUUCUAGACCGCUGUCCAAUGUUGACCAGCAACUCCAAGAGUGCGAUUCGAUCUUGGCCACCCUCAAGUACCACCUUUUGCGGGCACAGCAAAGGGUGAAGUAUGCGGUUGAUCUUAAACGAAAGAUGUUCUGUUUGAGUUUGGGGACAUGGUGUAUGUCAAACUUAAGCCUUAUCGUCAUUGAUCUCUUGCCCAGCACAAGAAUGAGUUCUCUCCCUGGUAUUUUGGUCCUUAUUCCGUGGAAUCUCACGUUGGAGCUGUUGCUUACAAGCUGUCAUUGCCUGUAAGUGUUCCCAUGCAUCCCGUCUUCCAUGCUUCUUUGUUGAAGUGCGCUGUGGGCACUACCACUCCGACCCAACCUUCUCCCAUUAUCCUUCAGGUAGAUUUAGAGUUGAAAGUUUAACCUGAACCAGUGGAAGAUCUCCCUUACAAUGCAAGGGCCUGCUGGAAGUCCUCAUCAACUGGCAACACCUUCCAUCAUUUGAGAAUUCUUGAGAGAACUUCGAGCUUCUUAAUGCCUUUGAUAAAAUGUACCUAUGUGAGGAGAAACAAGUUUUGUGUGGCACGGUGUGCUGUUUGGGUUAGAAUAAAUAUUGGGAAAAUAGGAGUUGUUGGAUUAUUGGGAAAUUGGUAUGAUUUAGGGGGAAACCAGGUUCUCUAAGACCUCGAGGGUGUUCUUUAUCAAUUGUAAUGUCUCUCUAUUGAAAUAACACAAUCACUCUUGCUGGAGAUUACUUGAACUCCAGUAGAGAAUUUUCUUAUCUUUUAUUAAGAAUCCUAUUACUGUCCACCCAUUAUAAUUUUUCUAAUUGA